AUGUUGCGGCAAGACUUCAACCGAAUCGACCCCAAGAGGCGGAAUGUCGUUGACUACCGCAAGAAGCAGUUUGCUACACCACAGUACAAGGAUCUCGACUAUCCUCAUCGCCUCAACUUUUACGCGGACCCUCCCACGGCAGACAUUACGCUUGAGCAGUUUGAGCAAUGGGCCAUCGACAGACUUCGAGUCCUCGCCGAGCUCGAAGCAUGCUCGUUCCGCAACAAGUCCCCCGCCGAGACGGCUACGCACAUGAAGCCCAUCCUCAAGAAGUAUCUGAACCUUGAGGCCAACAGCUCAGGCUCGGGCAAGAUUUUCGCGCAACGACAAAAAGAUCACUACAGCCACUUUAUCCUCCGCCUAGCUUUUGCGUCCACAGAAGACCUGCGACGCCGAUUCACCCGUGUCGAGACGAUGCUUUUCCGUCUCCGACUCAACGAUGACGAUCUUGCCGAACGAUCAGCAUUUGUGAAGACCCUAGGCCUGGACUGGUGCGAGGAUGUGACAGAGGAUGAGAGGAGGGAGUACGCUGCCGAGUUGGCCGCAUUCAACAGCGGCAGGAAGGGAGAUGCCGAAGACGAUUCUUGGUUCAAGGUGGACUGGGAGCGAGUCCCCGAGUUGAUCGAGAGCCGGAGGGUCUUUUUGAAGGCUGGCAAGGCAUUCGUGCCAGGACGUGAACAGACUGGUAUGGUCAUUGGGGAGUUCAGCUCACGGCUAGAACGCCAACUCGAGUUGACUGCUCGUGCGCUGCCCCGACUCGACGAAGACGAUCGCCUGACCCCUAUCCUUAACCAUCUUUCCAAGAACUUUAUCACUCCAGACUCGGCGUACUCGUCCAACACAGCCGCCGUGCCGGGUGCUCAUAUCAGCGCUGCCAAUAUCGACAACCUUUCUCAACACUUCCCGGCUUGCAUGUCCCAUCUGCAUCGCUCCCUGCGCCGUGAUGCCCACCUGAAGCAUUUCGGUCGUCUACAAUACGGCCUCUUCCUCAAGGGCAUUGGUCUCAAUCUGGAGGAGUCUCUCAUGUUCUGGAGAAGCAGCUUCCACAAGAUUACCGACGAUACCUUCAACAAGGACUACCGGUACAAUGUUCGUCACAUAUAUGGCGACGUUGGUGGUGAUUCCAACCGGAGGGGAGGCGGAUACAGCCCGUUCAGUUGCCAAAAGAUUCUCACUGAGCAUCCGCCAGGCCCCGGCGAAGCUCACGGAUGUCCGUACAGGCACUUUAGCAUGGAGAACCUCACAGCGCUGGUGCAAAGCAUGGGCGUGAAUGAUCGAUCCGUGAUUCAGGGUAUCAAGGAUGAUAAGGACAAGCAAAAGUAUCACAUGGCGUGUAACCGUGUCUUCGAACACCUACACAAGGCAGAGAUGAAGAAGGCCAAGGAUGAAGGUGUCAUGACCCAAAACCAACUCGAGACAAUGGUGCAUCCCAAUGAGUACUUUAAGCGCAGUUUCUUGCUCAAGAACCUGGGCAAAGAGACGGAUGUGAACAUGGAGGGUUGA